GCUUAAUUCGUGACAAGGCAAAGGUUUUUCUCUCUUUCAGGGUGAGACUCUCGUAUCUUUAUUUUAUAUUUCAUGGAUUCAGGUGACCCAAAUUUUUUGUCUGUUCUGCUUUCCAUUGGUCGAGAACUGACGGAUGAAGAUUUUGAGAAUUUGAAGUUUUUGUGCGAGGGAACGAUUCCGGCGAGUCACCUCGAGACGGUGAAGCGUCCACGGGAGCUUUUUCUCGAACUAAUUCACUGCUGUGAUCUCAGCAAUGACAAUAAAGACCCCCUGUCCUCACUUCUCUUCCACAUCGGACGACAGGACCUCAGAAAUCUUCUUCUUGGAGUCCAAGGAGUGGUUAUCAAAAAGGCAUUUCAGAACCUAGGCGGCAUUCCCUCCAAAGUUCCAAAUUUUGUUGGACGGAAAGGUCAAUGUUCCACAGUACUAGAAAAACUUUUGGCAAGUGAUUCCUGUCAGAUAGUCUCCAUUACUGGACCUCCUGGUUUUGGAAAGAGUGCGGUGGCCAUUCAAGUAGGACAUGAACUAAUAGCACAAGGGAAAACAAAUGUGUAUUAUGUCUCCCUCAGGAGUUUGACAUCCUUAAAUGCAAUGGUGAACUCCCUACUUGGAGCUCUUCAAAUUUUGGCUGGGAGGCAGCCAAUUGAGCAAGCCAAGCACUGCCUUCGCACGUUAACAAAGCACUCUGUCAUCAUUCUGGACAAUGCUGAAGACAUGUUACUGCCCCAAGUGAAGGAUGAAUUUUGUAAUUUUAUUGGUACUGUUGCACAGACUACUUCUCAUGUGAAAAUCCUGAUUACAUCACGUCAAUCUAUUACUUUCAUCUCCGUUGAAAUGUUUGAGCUCCGGCUAGACUCUCUUUGUCCAGAUCAUGCCAAAGAGUUGCUUCUGACGCUGGAGUCCAAAGUAUCUGAAGAGGAUGCAGAACAGCUAGCCAAUCACUGUGGUGGGGUGCCACUUGUUCUGCGCACCACAGCAGCCCUAUUGGCAAAAGGGGUAGAUGCUAAAGCUCUGAUCCAUGAGUUCCAGAUGAGCCCUGUGUCAACUCUAAAAUCUUUCAGUCUCAAUUCACUCAGCCAUGAGCAUCAACUAUUUAACUGUCUCAGAAUCUGCUUCAGCCGACUUGAUCAUGACCAGCAAGUUGCCAUGAUAUCUCUUGCAGUUUUCCCAACAACAUUCACUUUGGCUGAUGCCCAUUUUCUCCUCAAAGACCUGUCAGACUUCAAGUUGGGGAUAUUGCUUCAAAACCUUGUGGAUAACUCCAUGCUCCAAUUUGAUCACUUACUAAAGCAGUAUUACGUGCACAGUAUAAUCCAGUCGUUUUGUCAUGAUCGUGUGAACCAAGAAGAAGAUUUGUACCCAAUUUACCAGUCAGCUAUGAAAGUGUUCAAUAUUCACUACUUGGGAAAGUUAAAGGAACUCUAUGCAGUUUUCCUGUCCAAAGAUUGUUGCCGGGCUGUCCAGCUUUUCUUGAUCAAUCGUCUUAACAUCAGGCAGGCCCUGAAAGACUCUGUAACUGAUCCUGACCUGGAUAAAAUGUGUAUUGACACUGCUGUUGAAGUAACUCCUUUCCUUGCAAAGGUGUUUAGAAAGGAGAAGUUUCUCUCAGUUUUUGGGAUGUUUACAGAGGCCUGCAAAGCAAGUGAUGAUAAAAAGAGAUAUAGCGACUGCUUGACUUCUGAGGCAUAUUGUAUCCUUUCGCACUGCGCCUGUCAUCUGCCAUGUCCAUCAGCUGUUGCCAGAUUUAAGGAGGCUGACAAGAUACAGAAAGAAAUUAAAGAUAACUCUUCCCUUGUGCGUGCAUUUUGCCUGAGUAAACUUGGCCGCUGCUUUGGACAACAGAAAGAUUUGCAUGAAGCCCUUCCACGCAUAAAGGAAGCAAUUGAGAUCAGGAAGCAACACAAGGAUAAGAUUUUUGUUGCAGUGGGCUAUAAAGACCUUGGAGCUGCUUAUGCUUUCAAUGAUGCUCACCAAGAGGCUAACAAGUUCAGAGAAGAAUACUCCCUUCCAGUGUAUUUAGAGUCACUUGGAGAUCAUCCAUUUACUGCUACCCUGAUGGACGACAUGGGCAUAUCAUACCAGGCCCUUGGAAACUAUGAAAGUGCAAUUAAGUUCCUCCGUGAAGCACUGCGCAUGAGGAAUCAGUCACUGGGUGAUCACCAAGAAACAGCACGUUCCUUCCACGGUCUUGGAAAGGCCCUAGCUAUGAAGGGAGAGCUGAACGAGGCUCUAGAAACUCUGAGAGGUGCACUUCGCAUUCAAGACAAGGUUCUAGGGAACCACCAGGAAACAGUGCGCACACACAGAGAGAUAGCUCAUGUCCUCAAACAGCUUGGGCGGCAUGAUGAAGCCAAAGAUGAAGAGCAGUUGGCUAUGAAAAGAUGGUCAUCUAUCGAGGAACCACAACCAGAGAAGUGAUUUUUUUUAAUCCACUGGGAAGAAAAUUCACCUGUACCUGGUGCUUUAAUAAGUCCAACCUUUUUGUUCAUCGUGGAUUGUACAUAGUGAAGUGGUAAAUAUUGGGGCUUUUCAAGGCUCAGAUUGUAUAGAAUUUUAUCUUCAAUGUAGGUUUAGAAAACAGUGACAUUUUUACAAUGAUCAUGACUAAAUAAUAAUAAUAACUAAAUCAAUAACUAAAAAUUUUCAAAACUGAACUAAGACAUUUGUUAAAACAUUACUGUAGGCUCUAGUUUGUCUUUCAAGAAAUAGUCCUAAUUAUGAUAUAUUAAAGUUCACAAGGCAACCAGGUGGACAAUCUAAGCAACAAUCACAAUUUAAAAACUGUGAUGAUGGUGGCUUACUACCUGACGCCUAUUCACACCUCGUCAAAAAAGGGAAGCUAAUUAGUUAGCAUAUAAAAGGACCUCUUGUUGCAGCAUAUAAGGACCAUGCCUGAUGAAGGCACUAGACAGGAGUGGUGAAAGGUUUGGUCUAUGAAUUGUAACUUACCGGUGACAUUAAUUAAAUCUUUAAACCAGAGUAACAUCAAACCAUGUCUGAGUCCUAAUUAUGUGUAAAAUUCAGCUGACAUACAUGAAAUAUUUUAUAACAAUUUUUUUAGAGCAUUUUCAGUUUCAAUUGGUAGUUCUAAUGUUGCAUAAAGAGAAAUUCCCAUUACAAGGCAUAGAUGUACACAUGCUUCUCCUACAGUGUAAUGAAGUAAACAAAAGUAGAAUAUGAAGCUUGUGUGUGUAAUUGAAUAAGAUUAAAUUAAUUUAGUAGUUGCAGCUGUACUGGUAAUUCUUAAAGCUUGUUAUAUCUCCUCUUUUUUUCUAGUGAGAUGUACAUGUACAUGUAAGUACAUAGUGAGUUUUCUUUAUUUACACUGUACGAGGGUCUCCUCUGUUUUUAAAGACACACAUAAUUUUGGUAUCACAGUAUCUUAGACACUGAAUCAAAUCCAGUGAAAGAAAUAUCAUAUAAUAUUAUUUUAAAAAGAUAUAACUCCCUGAAUGUUGUUGCCUUUUAGUUAAGUAUCUGUUGAAUCUUAUAAAAUUUAGGACAUAUGAAAUGAAUAAUAAUAUGCUGUAUAUCAGUCUAACAUCCCUUCACCCCUCCCCCCCCAUUAAGAAAAAUUAAUAGUUGCAGAACUUUCUGUGAACAACAUUUUGUAAUAAGAUGGGAAGAAGAAUAAUAUUUAUUGAGGAUUGGUUUUUCAGAAAUGUAAUUUAAAAUUUUUCAAUUAACAAAUUUUUUGUGUUAUAUGCAUUUUGUUUACGCCUGUGUUUUAAUUUGUUAUCUAUUGUACAUAUCGUCAACUUUCAUGGGUAGUAACAUGAUUUCGAGUGUAAUUUGGUGUUCAUAAACACUGGUAAAUUUUUCAAAGACAACCAAUUUACAUGAUCCACGUAUUUAUGAAUAAUAUAUGUGAAAAAAAAUUAUGCUUGUCUGAUUGGCUGUAAGUAAGUGUAAUUUUCAUGUAACAGGAGUGCAAAGCUGUAAUACUGAAAAGCCAUUGUUAAAAAAUCACCUUACUACAUGGGCAAAAAAAUGAUGAUUAUUAAAAUUUAUGUCAGGAAGAACCAA